GUUAAUAUGGAUUUUGGAUUGGUUUGUUGCAGUUUAAAGAGCUUGCCCAGGCUUAUGAGGUUCUGAGUGAUCCUGAAAAGCGUGAGAUUUAUGAUCAGUAGGGUGAGGAUGCUCUCAAAGAAGGAAUGGAUGGCGGCCACGACCCAUUUGAUAUAUUCCAGUCUUUCUUUGGUGGGAGUCCCUUUGGCGGCGGUGGUAGUAGCAGAGGGAGGAGGCAGAAAAGGGUAGAAGAUGUGGUUCACCCCCUAAAGGUCUCGCUUGAAAACCUAUACCUCAGAACAUCUAAGAAGCUCUCGCUCUCUCGCAAUGUGCUUUGCUCAAAGUGCAAUGGCAAAGAGUACAAGUCUGGGAAUUCUACAAAGUGCGCUGGUUGCCAAGGAACUGGUAUGAAGGUUUCUAUCAGGCACCUUGGUCCCUCUAUUGCUCAGCAAAUGCAGCAUCCUUGCAAUGAAUGUAAGGGUACUAGCGAAACCAUCAGUGACAGGGACCGUUGCCCAUAGUGCAAAUGAGAGA